GGGAGCGGGUCGUGUUGACUCAGGCUGGGCACGGGAGAGUGGCCCUGGGGACGAAAGUCGGCGACCUUUGCAUGGGGGCCGGGGAUCGUGCGCUGCGGGCUGGGCUGGAUUCGGGGCAACUGACCGGCCCGGGCGCUUGCGGGGGACGUUUGUCCGCUUCCCUCUGGCCCCAGCGGGGAGCAGGGGUGGGAGGCCGCUGGGAGCGGAAUAGCAGCCGGGCCCCUUCGCGAUGCAGCUGCCCGCGGUCCCGGGGGCCGUCGGCCUGUCCCUCGCCGCCUUCCCUGUGUCCUACGCGCUGAACUGCAUCGCUGCCUUGGCGCACCCAGUGGCUAUCGCGGUGACGGGGGCGCUGGUGUUGCUGGUUCUGUUCUGCAUGGUGUAUCUCCUGGGCGAAGGGAGCCAUUCCCAGGAUCCCCUCUUCUACGUGUUCACGGUGUUCUCCUUCACCUCCGUCAUCGACCUGAUCAUCUCACUGGAGGAGGAUGGCUACAUCAGCGGCUUCAUGGAGUUCUACAUGAAGGAGGGCGAGCCGUACCUACGCACGGCUUACGGCAUCAUGAUCUGUUACUGGGACGGCAUCGUGCACUACCUGCUCUACCUCGCCAUGAUCGUAGCCAUCACACAAAGGAAGAACUACAGGACACUGGGUCUCUACUGGCUGGGCUCCCUGAUGAUGAGCAUUGUCGUCUUCCUGCCUGGGAACAUGUUAGGGAAGUACAGCUCUGAGAUCCGCCCCUCCUUCCUCCUCAACGUGCCCUACAUCCUGAUCCCAAUCUGGGCUGGGAUGAGACUCUUCAGCCAGCCAAAACCCCUUCCCUGCUGCACUGCUGAGAAGGUUGCGGCGGAGCAGCAGAGGAGUCUGUAUCAGCGGCCCCUGGACUUGGGCUUGAUCCUGUUCCUGCUGGUGGCUGCGACGUUCACAUUCUUCAGAGGGCUGGUGGUCCUGGACUGUCCGUCCGAUUCCUGCUUUGACUACAUUUACCAGUACGAGCCAUACCUGCGCGACCCCGUCGCCUACCCCAAAGUGCAGAUGCUGGUCUACAUGUUCUACGUCCUCCCGUUCUUCUGCCUGGGCAUUUACGGGCUCCUGCGGCCUGGCUGCACGUGGCUGCCCGACUGGGCCCUGGUGUUUGCUGGAGCCGUAGCGCAGGCCCAGUUCUCCCACAUGGGCUCCUCCCUGCACCACCGCACCCCCUAUCCCUACCGCACCCCGGAGGAGGUCUGGUGGGUCUUCCUCCUCACCAACGUCCUCUACGCGCUGGGCCCGCACCUCCUCGCCUACCACUGCCUCCGCAGCCCCGGCUUCUUCCAGCCAGCUGCUCCCACCGGCCAGGACGGGAUCAAGAAGCAUCAGUGAGGAGAGAGCUUGGCUCCUGCCUCCAGUGCCUGGACAUUGCAAGGAGGAGCUGCUACCCGUCACCACCACACACACACCACGGGCCCCAGUACGCUCAGCCUGGCUGGGGGCAGCGGGAUGCCGAAAUCUCCGUCCCUGCUGGGUUAGCAGCCAGGCCAUGCGGCUCCAGGGGACAAGCCGCUGAGGGGAAGGAGGAUCCCUGCUUUGGGGGUGGGGGGAGUUUCACAGCAGGCGUUCGGGGAUUUUGUGCAUGGCAGGGUCUUGUUUCUCCUCUUUGGCUCUGGGCUCCCCCCCCCGCCCCAUCCUUCAUGGAGCUCUGCGGCUCUUCUCAAGGCCUGAUUGGCCCGUCAGCCUCUCAGCGGCACUCCUCACCCCGCCAGAGGGGAGCGCUAUGGAGUGCGGGCGUGAGUCUCCCUCCCCUCCCCAGCACCAGCCACCAGGCCCAGGGGUGCGAAGUGGUUGCUCUGAGCCCUCUUCCCCCCGCCUCCCUGUUGGCCUUUGCUUUGGGGCCCUUAAUGGUGUUGGCACCCAUGGGCCCUUCGGCAGGGACGUCCCUUGGGGUCCGGGCUGCUGCGGCACCAGGGGGAAGGUGAUGGAGGCAGAGGUGCCUUGAGGCUGUGCCGGCUGCUGUGACCCUGGUGGUGUUUAGGGGGUUGGCUCUGGAGUGGCUGGCUGUGUCCUGGCUUGGGGGGCACCUGUCUCCCAUCCCAAAGCCAGUUCCCACUGCCCUGCCCCUCUCGGUGCCAUGGGGCACCCUGCAAGCUGCGUCUCCCUCAGGAUUUUCUGCUCACCGUGUCCUGUUGUUCUGCAGAGACAUGUCGGGGGUGGGGGAGGGAGGCUUUGUUCCCUAGCCAUGCUGCAAUGCUUAAAGGAGGGGGUGCCAGAGACCCUCCAUAACAGAUGGUUUACAGAAUAAAAUCAUUUUGUGCUGUGACUUUUUAA